AUGGACGAGCACAAGAAACGCAUCCUCCUCUCGAAAGGGGGAAGAGGCGGCAAGGGGAACAGGGCGAAACCGAGAGGAGAAUUGGCGGGAACGGCGGACAAGGGCGCUGACGGCGGCAAGUUGACCGUCGUCCUAGAGCUGAAGUCCGUCGCGGAUCUCGGCUUGGUCGGGUUACCAAACGCGGGGAAGAGCACGUUGCUGCGAGCGAUAAGCGACGCGAGGCCGAACGUGGCGGACUACGCGUUCACGACGAUGUCCCCGCAGCUCGGGGCGGUCAAGCUCGACGGCGGUCUCUCGUCCGUGACCGUGGCGGACAUCCCCGGGCUGAUCAAGGGCGCGCACGAGAACCGCGGGUUGGGGCACAACUUCCUCCGGCACGUCGAGAGGUGCGCGGCUUUUCUUUUCGUCGUCGACCUAUCGUCUGGGAUGGGAGACAGGCCGGGGAUGCGUCCUUGGGAGGCGUUAAAGGUCUUGAGAGCCGAGCUCGACGCGUACCUCCCUGGUCUCUCGAACCGCCCCGCCAUCGUGGUCGGGACGAAGACGGACGUCGCGAGAACGUCCAAGGCGGCGGAAGCGUUGCGAAGACGCACGGACUUGCCCGUCGUGUGCGUCAGCGCGAACGCGUCCGAGGGCAUCGACGCCCUGUUGUCCGCGACGGAGGAUCUUCUCGAGCGAGCGAAACGAGAGCGCGACGAGGGCGAAGCGCGUGACGUAGUCGAUGUAGAACUUUAG